AUGAGAGAUGUCAAGCUCUUCUUUCAUCCGUAUAUCUCUUUUGGAAAGUUCAGGAAGGGAGAUAAGAAACGAAAGUUGAGGUUGAUGAACAGCUCUCGACCGACUUUCAUCUCUUUAAACAGAUUCGAAGCUAAGAAAAACGUUGCUUUAGCUAUUAAAUCAUUUGCCAAACUUCGAGAUGAUCAUCUUCUCUCAUCGGAUACAUUCAACUCGUUGCGAUUGGUGAUUGCUGUUGAUGAAGAGAUUCCAAGAUAUCUGAGGGAUAUAUUAGGUUUUUCAAUGAGUUGGGCUGAUAAUAAAGGAGGUUACGAUCCUUCUCUUUUUGAUAAUCGUGAAACGCUUGCUUCUUUGAAAACACUAUGCGAUAAUCUACGAUUGAAUUAUUCUGUUCUUUCUUCCGAUUCGACUUUCCAACCCAAUCUCUCAUCCAACUCAACCUCUCAACCCAAUCUUUCAUCCGACGCAACCUCUCGAACUAAUCCGAAUUCAUCCAACUCAACCUCUCAACCUAAUCCUCAAUCAUCCAAAUCUCAAAUAAUCUUCUUACUCAACUUUACGACCUCCCAACGAACUUACCUACUCAAUUCCCCAAAUACCUUGGCAUUAUUAUACACACCUUCCAACGAACAUUUCGGUAUUGUACCACUUGAAGCUAUGGCAUGUGGGGUACCUAUCAUCUGUGUGGAUUCCGGUGGACCUAAAGAGACUGUUAUCAAUUUAAACAUGUCUUUUUUCCCCAUCCAACUUUCCGGAACAUCCUCCAAAACACCUGUCAUGAACACAACCCUACAACUUGACUCAUUCGAAGAAUUGAAAGGUGAAGAUUCAGAACAUGAUAACGAUACCAUACGAACGGUUGAGGAUCCAGAUAGUUGGGAAGGUCAAACGAAAGUAUUACAAGAUGAAGCAAAAGGAAUGAUAGAUAACACCAAAAACACAAAAGGGGUAGUAGAUCAGAGAAAAAAGGAUAUAAAAGAUAUAGAGGGAGCUAAAAAUACAAGGAAGAGAGAAGAAGAAGAAGAAGAAGAAAGAGUAAAAGGAACAGGGUUUUUAAUACCACCCAAUCCUGAAAUCUGGUCAAAAGCUUUACUUUAUUUAAUAUCAUUAUCACCUUCAACCCGUACAUCUUUGAAAUAUUCAGCUAAAUCUCAUUCUAAACAAUUCGACAUUACCAUCCUAGGUGAAAAGUUGGAAAAAGUAUGUGAAGAAGUUAAAGAGAUGAAAGAUUUACAUGAUGAAUUAGGUGAUUGGUUGAUACGUUUUAGCGGUAGUAUGAUUUUAGUUUCUUUGAUUGGUUUAUGGGCGAUUUGGAGGAUAUAUGGGAUGAGUUGAUAUGUUUAUCGAUUAUUAUUAUUUUGUUUUCGUUUGACAAUCUGUUUGAUGUAUAUCAAUACAUCUUU